AUGAAAGUGAGAAAGAAGCAAUCCAAGAGAACGUCCACGAGGAUGAGAGAAGGUAUCAAGAAAAAGGCUGCUGCGCAACACAGAAAAGAGAGAAAACACGCCAAAAAAGACGUAACGUGGAAAUCGAAUAAGAAGAAGGAUCCUGGUAUUCCAGCUAACUUCCCUUACAAAAACAAAAUUCUGGAAGCCAUCGAAGUCCGCAGACAGCAAGAUAUCGAAGAAAAGGAGAUCAAAAAACAAAACCGACUAGAAGCCAAGAGACGGGCCGCUGAAAAUGGCGAAGAACUCAUGGACGACGACAUGGACGACGACAGCGAUGGUGGUAAUGGGUUGGCCGCUCUUGUAGAGUCAGCACAACAGGCUGCUGCUGAAUAUGAGGGCUCUGGACAGACCGUUACGGCACCAAACGCUGACGAUGAAGAAGUUCAAGAGGUGAUAGAGCAUGAUAUCGAUUUUUUCGCAGACAGUGACAUCGCUGAUGGUGAGUCAGCUUCCAGCGAGCUCGAUAAAUCCCGUAAGGCCUACGACAAGAUAUUCAAGACCGUAGUCGAUGCAGCCGAUGUUGUACUUUACGUUUUGGACGCCCGUGACCCCGAGGGCACCCGUUCAAGAAAGGUGGAAGAAGCUGUGCUGCAAAACCCAAGCAAGAGACUGCUGUUUAUCCUUAACAAGGUGGACUUGAUCCCUCCUUUCGUGCUUGAGCAAUGGUUGACUUUUCUGAAAUCAAGUUUUCCUACGAUUCCGUUGAGAGCCGCCCCCGGUGCCACCAAUGCUUCGUCUUUCAACAGAAAGCUGACGCAAGGCGGAACUGCCAGUGCUUUGCUGGAGUGUCUGAAAAAAUAUGCCAAUAACUCCAACUUCAAGAGAUCCAUCGUGGUGGGCGUUAUCGGUUAUCCCAAUGUAGGGAAGUCAUCUGUCAUCAACGCACUGACAUCUCGCAGAGGAGGAUCCAGCAAAGUCUGCCCUGUAGGUAAUCAAGCGGGUGUUACGACGUCCCUCCGUGAAGUCAAAGUGGACAACAAAUUGAAAAUCCUCGAUUCUCCAGGUAUUUGUUUCCCAGGUGAAAGUAGCAAAAAAAGUAAGAAGGAACGCGAAGCUGAAUUGACCCUUCUAAGUGCUCUUCCACAAAAGUUUAUUGUUGACUCAUACCCGGCUGUUCUCAUGAUGGUCAAAAGGCUCUCGAAAUCUGAAGAGAUGACAGAGGCUUUCAAGCAGCUUUAUCAGCUCCCUUCUAUUCCAGCACCUGAUGCCGAUACCUUCACGAAACAAUUCCUUAUCCAUGUAGCACGCAAAAGGGGAAGAAUUGGCAAAGGCGGUAUUCCAAAUCUAAACAGCGCUGGUCUAUCUGUCCUCAAUGACUGGAGAGAUGGUAAGAUCUUGGCGUGGGUUCUACCCAACUCCUCCAAGGAUUCUUCCAACGCGGCAGCAAGUAAAGCGCAAUCUAGUGACUCCACGGGUAGCAAGCCUUUGCCAAGUGCUGAACAAACCGCUAUUGUCAGCGAAUGGUCAAAGGAAUUUGAUCUCGACGGAUUAUUUGCAUCUUUGGACAGUGCCAUCGCAAGCGAUACUAAAUAG